AUGUCCGGAGGACCGCAGUAUAUUCCAGGAUUAAUGGGAAGUACGACCCGACUCCAGAAUGGGACAACACCAUCGUACGCGCAAACUAAUGGACCAUCAUCAGCACAACCACAAGUCCCAGCGCCGUACCCAUCGAAUUCGGUUGCGCAGAAUUCUCUUCAAAACGAUCUAGAGGAGAUUUUCAGUGCCAAUACAAACGGUGGAGGAUCUCAAUCAUACGCUGAUGUCCCAGCACGACAAAGCGGCAGUUUAGCCCCUGGCGCGCCAAUUGGAAACUCGGGAACUCCAGUUGGUGAAGGAGCUAGCCAAGCUGUUGGAACAAUCGGUGGACCAGCAGGGUCUAUUCAAACCAUUAGUUCAACGGGUGUUCAAUUCCAGUGCCCAAAACGGCCAAACCAUGGUAUUGAAGGAAGGUCAAUUUUAUUGCGAGCCAACCACUUCGCUGUAAGAAUUCCUGGCGGCACCAUUCAACAUUAUCAAGUCGAUGUUACGCCUGACAAAUGUCCGCGCCGUGUCAACAGAGAAAUUAUUGGAUGCAUGAUACAUUCUUUUGCUAAAUAUUUCAAUAAUUGUCGUCCAGUAUACGAUGGAAAACGAAACAUGUACACACGUGAUCCUUUGCCGAUUGGAAGAGAGCGAAUGGAAUUUGAAGUGACGUUACCAGGAGAUUCUGCUGUUGAACGGCAGUUUACUGUUUCAUUGAAAUGGAUUGGACAAGUUUCUUUGUCAACGUUGGAAGAUGCAAUGGAAGGAAGAAUUCGCCAAGUUCCAUUCGAAGCUGUUCAAGCGAUGGAUGUGAUUCUUCGGCAUCUACCAAGCUUAAAAUAUACACCAGUAGGUCGCUCGUUUUUCUCACCGCCUGUUGUUGGCGGCUCUUCGGCACCAUCUGGAGGUGCUCAACCAGCUCAGGCGGCUGCACCACCUGCGCAACCACCAGCGCAACAGGGACAACGCGGUCAAGGCGGUCAGGGAGGGCAGAAUCAGCAGCAAUCCAAUCAGUAUCAUACCGAAAGCAAAUUGGGUGGCGGAAGAGAAGUGUGGUUCGGUUUCCAUCAAUCCGUUCGCCCAUCACAAUGGAAGAUGAUGCUCAACAUUGAUGUGUCUGCUACCGCAUUCUACCGAUCCAUGCCAGUCAUCGAGUUCAUUGCUGAGGUGCUUGAGCUUCCAGUUCAAGCUCUUGCAGAACGUCGUGCUCUUUCUGAUGCUCAACGUGUAAAGUUCACAAAGGAAAUUCGUGGAUUGAAGAUUGAGAUUACACACUGUGGACAGAUGAGGAGAAAAUAUCGCGUUUGCAAUGUUACUCGUCGUCCAGCCCAAACUCAAACAUUCCCACUUCAACUCGGUAAUGGUCAAACCAUCGAGUGCACUGUUGCCAAAUACUUCUUCGACAAGUAUCGUCUCAAUCUGAAAUACCCGCACCUUCCUUGCCUUCAGGUUGGACAAGAGCAAAAACACACUUACCUUCCGCCAGAGGUGUGCAAUGUCGUGCCGGGACAGCGUUGCAUCAAGAAGCUCACUGACGUGCAGACGUCAACCAUGAUCAAAGCUACAGCCCGUUCGGCACCAGAACGAGAGCGUGAGAUCAGCAACUUGGUCCGCAAGGCCGAGUUCUCCGCAGAUCCAUUUGCUCAUGAGUUCGGAAUCACUAUCAAUCCAGCUAUGACUGAAGUUAAAGGACGUGUUUUGUCUGCGCCAAAAUUACUUUAUGGAGGAAGGACUCGCGCCACGGCUGUUCCAAAUCAAGGAGUCUGGGAUAUGCGUGGAAAGCAAUUCCACACUGGAAUCGACGUCAGAGUUUGGGCUAUUGCUUGCUUCGCUCAACAGCAACAUGUGAAGGAAAACGAUCUCCGCUUGUUCACGGCUCAAUUGCAAAGAAUCUCUAGCGAUGCUGGCAUGCCAAUUGUUGGAAACCCAUGCUUCUGCAAAUACGCGUCCGGCGUUGAACAAGUUGAACCAAUGUUCAAAUACUUGAAGGUCAACUACCCAGGAAUACAGUUGGUCGUUGUUGUUUUGCCUGGAAAAACACCUGUUUAUGCUGAAGUGAAACGUGUUGGAGACACAGUUCUCGGAAUAGCUACUCAAUGUGUGCAAGCAAAGAACGCUAUAAGAACCACACCACAGACGCUUUCCAACCUGUGCUUGAAAAUGAAUGUGAAGCUUGGAGGAGUCAAUAGCAUUUUGUUGCCAAAUGUUCGUCCACGCAUCUUCAAUGAGCCUGUCAUCUUCUUUGGAUGCGACAUUACUCAUCCACCAGCUGGAGAUUCUCGAAAGCCAUCGAUUGCUGCAGUUGUAGGAUCCAUGGAUGCUCAUCCGAGCAGAUACGCCGCAACCGUUCGUGUGCAACAACAUCGUCAGGAGAUCAUUUCUGAUUUGACCUACAUGCCGGCUAGAAUUGUUGUUUACCGUGAUGGUGUCUCUGAGGGACAAUUCUUCAAUGUUCUUCAAUAUGAACUUCGUGCCAUUCGUGAGGCUUGCAUGAUGCUUGAACGUGGAUAUCAGCCAGGAAUCACAUUCAUCGCCGUUCAAAAAAGACACCACACGCGAUUGUUCGCUGUUGAUCACAAGGACCAAGUCGGAAAAGCCUAUAACAUCCCACCAGGAACCACCGUCGAUGUUGGAAUCACGCACCCAACCGAGUUCGAUUUUUACCUCUGCUCCCAUGCUGGUAUCCAGGGAACCUCAAGACCAUCUCAUUACCACGUUCUUUGGGAUGACAACGGAUUGUCUGCUGAUGAGCUUCAACAAUUAACAUACCAGAUGUGUCAUACUUAUGUGAGAUGCACUCGCUCGGUCUCCAUUCCUGCUCCAGCCUACUAUGCUCAUCUUGUUGCAUUCCGCGCAAGAUAUCAUUUAGUUGACCGCGAACAUGAUUCUGGAGAAGGUUCCCAACCAUCAGGAACCUCCGAGGACACAACCUUGUCGAAUAUGGCUCGAGCCGUCCAGGUCCACCCAGAUGCCAACAACGUCAUGUAUUUCGCCUAA